AUGAUGACCACCGCCUCCCAAUUUGAGCCAAUCACACUCGAAGAUCGGAUACGUAUCACCUUUGAGAUCGCCAAUAUUUUGCAGAAACAGGAAUUUCUUCGCAAACUAGCGAAAUCAUUGAUGCUGUACGGUACCCCGGCGCAUCGUUUAGAAUACAUCAUGCGUGAAGUGUCUCGUACCUUGGGGGUGGAUGCCGAAUACGUGUAUAUGCCCAAUGUCAUGUUUGUCACUUUUUUCGAUCAAUCGACCCACACGACCGAGACGCACUUUAUUCGUCAAGCUCAAUUGUUCGAUAUGCAUAAACUGGGCGAAAUCUAUCGAUUGGAAAAACUGAUUUCCCAUGGCGAAGUAUCCGUGGAUGAAGCGCUCGAAUUUAUAGACAACGUUGCCAAUGAAGACGAUUUCUAUCCGCUAUGGUGGAAUCCUAUUAUUUAUGCGAUUGCCAGUUUUUGUGGUUGUAUCAUGUUUUUCGGUGGUCGUUGGAAAGAAGGCGGCAUGUCGGCCAUUUUAGCAAUGUUUUUUGCGGUUUACGAACUUUUUUCUGGCCGUUUCAUCAGUUUUCAACCGAUUUGGGAGAUUACUGUAUGCAUCCUCAUUGGUUUCGUUGCACGUGCAAUUUGGCGCUAUGAUUUUUGUUUCACUCCUAUUGCGUUUUCCGCCUUUAUUGUGAUUCUGCCGGGUUAUUCCAUGGCCAUUGCUAUCAUUGAGCUGGUCUCUCGUCAGCUUGUCAGUGGCGUGAUUCGAAUGGUGUACGCUAUUCUUUAUUCGUUUUUGCUGGGUUACGGUGUCGGGAUGGGAUCUGCCUUAUUUGGUACCAUCGAUCCGGCGUCUAUUUCAGAACAAGCUUUGGCGCCCGCUUGCAAAAAAGCACUGAACGCAGGGACCUGCUUUGCCUCUGUAUCACAGUGGUAUUACUUUUUGACCGUGCCUUUGUUUGCUGUGGCCUACUGUAUUUAUCUGCGUGCUCGUCCUCCUCGAUGGCCUGUCAUGAUUAUCGUCUCGGCUGCAGGCUAUGUCACCAAUUAUGCGCUUUCGUGCCAUGCUAAAGCACCCCCGCAAGUACUUCAAGUGGUGCCUGCAUUUGUUAUUGGCAUGCUCGGAAAUCUCUUGACGAAAUUCACGGGAAAAAUGUCAUUUGAUGCAGUCUUACUUGCUGUAUUCUACUUGGUGCCGGGAAGUUUGGGUCUCAAGGCUGCUUUAGGCCUGUUUGGAUCUGGUGGCGGAGGCGAAUUUGCCAAUCAAGGCAGUACUUUUGCACUGAGCAUGAUUGAAGUUUCCAUCGGUAUCACUGUCGGUCUUUUCGUGGCUAAUUUAAUCGUUUAUCCCAAAGGCACCGCCCACACGCCACUCAUGAAUUUUUAG